AUGGACUUCAGCAACAACACCACCAGCGCCGCCAGCGGCCGUCUCGUCACCGGCCUGUUCCCGGACCGUGCCAGUGCGGAAUCCGCGUUCAAUGCUGCUGGCGAGCGCGGCUACACCAAGGACGACGUGAACCUCGUCAUGUCCGACGAGGCCCGCGCCCAGCACUUCGGUUCGGGCGAGACCGAACUCGGCAACAAGGCCGCGGAAGGCGCCGGCGUGGGCGGACGCCCGCAAGAAGGGCGACAUCGCCAAGGGCAAGGACCUCACGAGCACGUUGACGUUGCUGGUGUGGCUGGUCAUGGGCGCGCUGUGCCUGCGCAUGGCGUGCGACCGCAUCGCGGCGCUGUGCGACAGCCUGCUCGUGCGCGUGGCGGGGGGCUGGCGGGCCGAAGGCUUCGCCCAUGUCGCCGCGCUGCUGGGCUGGCAGAGCGUGGAGCUCGCGCUGCUGCUGGUGGCGGUGCUGGUGGUGCCGGUGGCGGUGCUCGGCACGCUCGUGGAGUACCUGCAGGCGGGGCCGGUGCUGGCGUUCGAGAAGGUCGCGCCCAAGCUCGAGCACCUGAACCCGGCCAGCGGCCUGAAGCGCAUGUUCUCGCUGGACAACCUCGUCGAGCUGCUCAAGGGCAUCUUGAAGACGGCUCUGCUCGUGGGCAUCGGCUGGGCCGUGGCGCGCAGCCUGCUGCCGGAUGCGAUGCGACUGGCCUUGUCCACCGAGCAGCCCGCGCAGCCGCUGGGCGCGCUGGUGUGGCAGGGCACGGUCAAGACGCUCGCGUGGACGGUCGGCGUGUUCGCCGGCGUGGCCUUCCUCGAUCUGCUGUGGACCCGUCACCGCUUCAUGAAAAAGAUGCGCAUGAGCCUGCGUGA